AUGUCGCCGAAAAAAGAACCCGAAGACGACUACUUCUGCUUCUCUCCUACGCUCACAACUGACGAUGGCUUUGGUCCUGCGCCUUUGCUGGGCCUUUUCGCCGAUGUGAACAUGCACGAACUAGCAGUGGACAAGCAAUCACCCUCUGCAUGCGUCAACCCUGCGGAUGUCAUGGGAUACGCGUCUAAGGAGUCUACCCCGGAGCCCGAUUGCGAAGACUCGCCGGAUCUCUCUCAGACGCCGGACUUCACUAGCGACUUCUCUGAAGACGUCGUCAUCAAGGAUGACUUCGCCGAGGAUGCGAUAUCUGCCAUUGUCUCUGUUCUCAAGUCCUCGGUCAAACAGGAGAUUCAGGAUCCUAUGGAAUCCAUCACGGAAGAGACUCUCCCCCCGUAUGGUUCUAUCCAACACCUCUGUACCCAAACCAGAUCCCGGGGUACCCCAACAACAGUGCCGGCGUGCACCACCCCAGCCUCGCAUACGGAUCCGGCUGCGGCAGUGUCCCCUUCCCUGUACUCAUCCUUCACACUCCCCCAAGCGUACGGAGCGCUUCCCACGGCACCCGUAGCUCCCGCGGCAUCCGUAGCCCCCGCGGCCCCCGCGCCUUUGAUUCCCUCCAGCCCGGUGCUUAACGCGCACACUGGGAUCGAGCUCGACGACCUGCGGCGGCGGGCGGCGGACUUCCGCCUGCGCAACCCGAACUCGGAGCUGGACCGGAGCUUCCUCCAGUGCUUUGCGGGCCGGCUGAGCGACCGCGGGGAGCUUCUCGACGAGUACAGGUGCUAUGUUGUCGGGUGCGGGCAGCGCAACAAGCGACGGGACCACAUCCUCGUCCACGUUGGUUCGCACGUCGAACAUAGGCCGUGGCAGUGCAAGGAUUGCGGUAUGCGGUUCCUGCGGAAGAACGAGUGCAAGCGCCACGAGUCGAGCCACGAAGGACGCAAGCCGUUCUCGUGCCAGAUCUGUGCGCCGUUCCAGGACCGCAGCUUCGUCCGGCAGGACUUGCUGAAGCGGCACAUGCGCGUCACCCACGGCGUGAACGACACUUCGCGGGCUUCGAGGAAGCGGAUGGACGGGCGGAGGGAUGAGAAUGUGGAGAACUGGCCUUGAUUUUAUUUGGGAUGGAGGUCGUGGAGGGGCGGUUGUGGAGGGACACCGUGGCAGGCGGGGUAUUCUCGUAGUCGUAUACGAUAUAUAUGCCCGCAUCACACAUAUCUAUCAUGAC